AUGGCCUCUUGCACUGCACGUCGUGAGAACGUUGACAGUCUUUCCAUUCACUCGCAGAAGCGGAAGCGCGCGCUGGUCAUCGACGGCGGCAGCAUCAAGUUCGCCCUCAAGGACCACCGCACCCUCUUCUACAACCUGGCCCGCAGCUGCCACUCAGUGAUUUGCAAUCGUGUGACGCCGCUGCAGAAGGCCAAGGUGGUGCGGCUGAUCAAGGAGACGUCGAAGGAGGUGAAUGCGUUGAUCAUUCACUACUCGUUCUACAAGAACGCGGCCGUGUUCUUGGCCCAAGUGUGGUUCGGCAUUUUCUCCGGCUUCUCCAGUCAGACGCUGUACGACGAUUGGGUCAUGACCUUCUUCAACAUCCUCUUCACCGCGUGGCCGCCCAUCGCCGUGGCCGUGUUCGAGACCGACAUCUCCCAUCGUGUCAUCGAAGCCAACCCGCACGUGUACAAGCGCGUGCAGAGCAAUGGGGUCUUCACCAUGUGGUCACUCUGCGGCUGGUUCGCCGCUUCCAUUUACCACUCCCUCGUGAUCUUCUUCGGGGCCUACUUCCUGUGGGCCGACGGGCUGCAGGACACGUCGGGCCUGGACACGGGCUUCUACUCGAUGGGCCACGCCAUCCUCUUCGUCGGCAUCAUCGUCAUCUUCCUCAAGCUCUUCCUCCACGUCAACAACUGGAAUUGGUUGGUCCACUUCACCGUGUGGGGCAGUCUCCUGCUGUACAUUAUUCUCGUGCUGGGCGAGGGCUCCGUCAUCUAUUUCUUCCCCAACCAAUUUUUCGUUUUCUUCCACAUAUGUACCAUGCCAAUCAUUUAUCUAUGGGUCUUGCUGGGAACCGUGGCCUGCCUCCUCCCCGACUUCCUCUUCGCCUAUGUGCAGCGCAACUUCUUCCCGGAGCCGUGGCAAAUUUUGCAGGAAGAGGACCGCCUUCUCAAGAAGCGCCACAUCAAGUCCUCCUCCAAGAACUACGGCUCUCUCAGCGACAACCCGGAGGCGUCGCCGGUGCCGAUUCAAGCCGAGUGGGCGGCCACGGGCUCGGUCAAGGCCGCGGGCACCAAGAGCGGUGGCUACAGUCGCCUGGGGGAGCCCCUCCUCGCCAGCUCCAGCAGCGCCUUCAACGACUCAGAUUCGGACAACUGA